CGACGGGCAGCUGAGAUGGCGGCAGCGGCCGGCGGGGCGGCGCGGGGCCGCGGGGCCACCAGCUUCCAGCGGAAGGCCGUGGCCGGCAGCCGCCUGGCCGGUGUGGCGGGCACCCGGCCCUCCGUUCGCCACGGGCAGCUGCUGCUCUCCAGCGGGCUCCCCUCCCUGGACUGUGUGCUAGGUGGAGGCAUAGCUGUUGGAACCCUUCUUCUUAUUGAGGAAGAUAAAUAUGGUCUUUACUCCAAUUUGUUGUUCAAGUAUUUUCUCGCAGAGGGUGUUGUCUGUGGACAUGACUUAUUUGUUGCUUCUGCUAAAGAGCAUCCCAACAACAUCUUAAAGGAGCUUCCAGCCCCUUUGCUUGAUGAGCAAAGAAAUGAAUUGGGGAAAGAAGCAACAGCUGUUAAGUCUGAAGAUUUUCAGGAUUCUAUGAAAAUAGCCUGGCGCUACCAAAAUUUACCGAAAAUGGAGGCCAACCCAACAACAUCUCCAAAGUUUGGCCAUUAUUAUGAUAUUUCCAAAACAAUGUCUCCAGAACUGCUUCGGACAAUAAAAUGGCACAGUUUUUACCUUCCUGAAGAAUUGUCUUUACAGCCUACAGUGAAAACAUGUAAUAUGAACAGUGCUUAUGGAAGGCUGCUUCUAUCCAUUCAGAGGAUCAUUUACCAGGAAGGGUUUGAUGGCUCUGAUCCCCAGAAAAAACAAAAGAAUAUUUUGCGGAUAGGAAUUCAGAGUCUGGGCUCUUUGUUGUGGGGUGAUGACAUUUGUUGCAGCGAUACUCCUGAAGAUAUUCAUAGCCUUACAAAAUUCCUGUAUGUUCUCCGUGGCCUCCUCAGAAAAUCUUUGUCAGCCUGUAUCAUCACAAUACCUGCUCACCUUAUCGAGAAUAAAGCAAUUAUGGAACGUGUAACAAACUUGUCAGAUACGGUAGUUGCUCUUGAAUCAUUUAUUGGCUCAGAGAGAGAAACCAAUCCAUUAUACAAGGAUUACCAUGGUUUGGUUCAUGUACGUCAGAUUCCUCGGCUUAAUAGCUUGAUCUGUGAUGUGUCAGACAUGAAGGACCUUGCUUUUAGAUUAAAAAGGAAGCUGUUCACCAUUGAGCAACUGCAUUUGCCUCCAGACUUGUCAGACACAGUGAGCCGCGCAAGCAAACAGGAGCUGGCAGGAUCCGCCAAACUGCUGAGCUCAGGAUGUGGUGCUAUGGCCAUCGGCAAGAAGCACCUGGACUUCUAGUGAUUUCUCCUUAGCAGUUUCACUCAUAUUUAUAUGACACUCUAAUUAUGAGUGUUAAUGACUUAUAUAAAUAUUUUUCUUAAUGAUUUGACCCAGCAGUCUUUAAAAAUACAUGUGAUCAUAUGGUGCCGCCUUUUUUUUUUUCUUUUUGUUCAGUUUUCUUUGUACUAAUUUUGGGGUUGUUUGGAUUUUGCUUCUGUUAUGUUGGAUCCUGCCAUUGUUCUGCUCGACUGUCAACAUACAGUAUAUUUUGUUCCUUUCCUUAAAAUACAAAAAUUACUCUUGCCCCUUCAUUUCUAGAUGGGGUUUUUUUACAAUAAAAAAAAAAAAAAGCUAUAUUUUCCAAUGCAGUUUUUAUAUACUUACAUGCCAUUUUUUGUAUGCAUAAUAAGUUAAGUUGGACGGUUCAUUGAAAUAAAGGAAAGAAAUUAAGCAAUGUCACAUGUUAUUCCAAAAGCAAACUACACAGUUGUGGUUUUAAAACAUUUUUUAUAAUUGAAAUACCAUUCUUUAGGGCAAUAUUUGCAUUAGUUUAUUAAAUAUGUAAUGAUAAAUUUAAAAUAUGUAAGAUAGUUUUUAUUCUAAUAUGCCAGUAAUUAAGAAUGGUGGGGGUUUUAAUCAGCGAUAUAUUAUAGAUCAUUAUUUUGCCUUAUGGCUUACUACAUGCAUUAAAAUGCACUUGAAUGGAUUUUACUAGCCAUAGAGAAAUGAAAUUAUUUCCUUCUGUAGUUCAAAACAGUAAUCCUAAACAAUUGAAGUCAGCACUAUGAAAUUAUGUCAACAGACAUAAUUCAAGAUUGAAAUUCAAACCGACAGCUACAUUAAUGCUAGAAAACCAGAAGAGUGCAUUUGAGCUCGGGGUAGGGUAUCACAGCAUGCUGGUCUAAAGCAGGGCAGAAUAUACAAGUAAUUCACCUUCUGUACCCUCAGAUAUACAGUUUGUGAACUUCCAACUAUUUUGUAUGUAUCUCUCCGUGUAUCUCAUCAAACAAAAAAAUGGUAAAGCGAAGCUGACCUGUAAAUUAAAGUGGUUUGCAUUCUUUCUUCUGAGGCUGACUUCCAUUUUGAAAGGUAAUACCUUCUUCUUCGCAAAAGUUCCAAGCCACCCAGCUGUAAGAUUGCAUUACAGUUUCAAAAUUUAGUCUUUAUAAUAGUGUAUUACAUGGCUGGAGUGAAAUUGACUCUUCAAAGAACAUGUUAAUAGGAUGCAAUAAUGGUAACUUAUUUUGAUGGGUUUGGAACCAAGAGUUGGUUAAGUGGUUGCUUUUUUUUUCCCUGCGAUGCAGGUUCUUCUUUAUUUUUUUCUUGACAACGCUGUGUAAAACAAAGACAUAGCUUUUAAAACUGUCUAAUACGAUGAAUGUCAAUCACUUAAAAAACUCCACUGUAGCAUAAACACAUACUGUAUACAGCUUUUAUUCUGAAUUAGAAUAAUUGAAUCAAUGACAGUGAUUUGCCAGGAUGUCAAAUCUAUCCAUCAUAUCCUGUCACUACCAGUUUAUUUUUUGUGAUCAAAAUCAAAAAGACUACUAUUUUGUCAUCAGCUAUUUCAUUAGUAGUAACAAUCAGGUUUUCUCUUCUAUAUUUUUUAGAUAUGCCUGUUAUAUUUUUUAUUUCUAAAGACACAAAUCCUUUUUAAAUCUUUUCAAAAUAAAGUUUCAGAACUGAACUGUCAGUUUAAUAAAGCAAAAAGACAUCUACUUUCCUAUGCCAAUGUAUUUAAAAUAUUAUCAUUGAUGUCUCAAACAUUUUUUCUCUUUUUGUGUUAUGUGUUGAAUUGAAUGGAAGUUUUCAUUAGAUACUUAAUUGUGCCUUUUGAAAGCAUGAAAUAAUUUAAACACUUAGGAUAAAGUGAUUUUUAACAAAGGGGAAGUUUUACGUAGUAUGUCUUUCUAAUGUAUAUAACACAAAACACAGUAUGUCUUUGUGAAAUAUAGUCACAGGACAUAUAAAUUGCUGCCAAUAUACUUAAAUAGGUCAUUGACUUCACAUACAGGGGAGAUAAUAUCAUGAAAGUCACAGUCAGUUUCUAGUUAACAUAUUAACUGAAAAUUCUUUCCAAGUAGCAUGUAUAUUCCAUCUAUGUGGAUGUGUAUAUGUGCAUCCUCUUCAUUUAGAAGUUCAAUUUCAAAAACUUUGGUAGGUUAAUAUCAAAGCUGACAAAUAUUUUGUAUAAUAAAAGGAAUUCUUUCUGCAAAUCUGGAAUAUUUUUUUCCUAAGUUACUAAACAUGCUUUGUAAAGUAAGUGUUAGAGUAUACAGAUGUGCAUUGUUGUUUACCUAAGGCAAAAACAUGGAGCAAAAAUUCUCUUCUUUGCUUCCAAAAUAUCGUAUCAGUUACAACAACACAUGACAGUGACUUGGUUGAUCCAGCAAACUGGGAAGUGAAAUAAUGGCAUGUACAUGCUAUCUGAUAGUAUCUAGAUGUAUAGUAGAUAAAGUGUAGAUUUCAUUCAUUACACCAAAAGCAAUUUUGACUUGGGAAGCAAGAAAAGCAUUUACAUGGUGAUUUUCUGUGGCUUUUCCCCAUAACCACUCUGUGGCUAUCAAGUUCCUGGUAUAAAACAUGCUUCAGUUCCUUCUUCUCUUGAUUUGAAGACAAACAACUAAGGGGUGCAGCUCAGGUAAUUGAAGAAUGGGUGCAGCCUCUUUUGAUAGGCUGUUGCAACAUGCUACCAGCUUCUUUUUGCAUCUUCAAAGCCCGCUUCUUGGCUUGUAUGGAAAAUCUGGGCGAUUCUUACACCUGCUCAGAGGGCUCUUUUCCACAGAGAUUGAGGUAUGAGGCUUUUCUGUUUGUUGCGAUUUUUUAAGCAGAACUUCCUACUUUUUAGCAGGCUACAAACUGAAACCGCUAAACUCAGCAAGGAAACAAUAGAUUCAUCCCGGUGAAGACGUUCCCAAUUCAGCACAAGAACCUGAUCUUCACAGAAUUGUGACACACAGUCAAGAAAGCAGUAAUGAAAUUUAAAACGUUGUGUCUUUAAUAUGUCAAAUAAGAAUUCUUUAUAUAAUUUCUGUUGUGUUGAGGUUUUCAAAAUAUAAGUAUUGGGAACAUGAAUAAUAUUAUGAUGGAUUAAGUCUUCUUCUAUGUUUGUAAAGAAAUUUCAGAAGCAAUUUCAAGGAUGCAGCUGAAUUCAAUUUUCUGUAACAGUAGCUACAAGCGUCUGAAAAUGGGCAUUCAGCCACUUCAGAUUUGAUAUGCGUGGUAGUACGCACUGUAAAUCUAAUAUAAAAUAGUGAUGUUGCUCCAAACACGGCUUUUGAAAAAGUGCAAAGGUCUAACUUACAAAAAUCCUUUACUGUGCCAGUAUUGGAAAGUGAGCUAUUAAUAAAGUUUUUCUGAACCCACAAGGUUGUGACACACCCCUUUAAAAAACUAUGUAUAUUACAAGUAUUACACACACACUCAUAUUAAACCUCUGUUUCUCCAGGAUCAUCUAUUAGAAAUUUAAUAAAGUGUUCUUCUUCUUU